GCUCUCCGGUCUCCGCGCCCUGAGGGCACUCUGUCCCCUCCCUGUUCAAACUCCGCGGCUUCCAGCCCGCUGCCGCGUCCCUAAACCCCAGCGCCGACACACGCGCACACGCUGGCACGCACGCUUUCUGUCCCCGUGUGACACCCGCCGUCGCCGCGCGGGCCCCUCCCGCCACUCAGGCGCGCGCAGGCCGAGCGGAGACAGCUCGCCCGCAGCUCCGCACUCGGCGGCGACCGGCUCCGCUCUCGCAGCGCCCAUGGCAUCUCCGGGCUCCGGCUUUUGGUCCUUCGGGUCUGAAGAUGGCUCUGGGGACCCCGAGAAUCCCGGCACAGCCAGAGCCUGGUGCCAGGUGGCUCAGAAGUUCACGGGCGGCAUCGGAAACAAGCUGUGCGCGCUGCUCUACGGGGACGCCGAGAGGCCGGCGGAGAGCGGCGGCAACGGGCCCCCGCGGGCCGCGCCCCGCAAGGCCGCGUGCGCCUGCAGCCAGAAGCCCUGCAGCUGCCCCAAGGCGGACGCCAACUACGCGUUCCUGCACGCGACGGACCUGCUGCCUGCCUGUGACGGGGAAAGGCCCACGCUGGCGUUUCUGCAAGAGGUCAUGGACAUUUUGCUUCAGUAUGUGGUGAAAAGCUUCGAUAGAUCCACCAAAGUGAUUGAUUUCCAUUAUCCUAAUGAGCUGCUUCAAGAGUAUAAUUGGGAAUUGGCAGAUCAACCACAAAAUUUGGAGGAAAUUUUGAUGCAUUGCCAAACAACUCUAAAGUAUGCAAUUAAAACAGGGCAUCCCAGAUAUUUCAAUCAACUUUCCACGGGAUUGGACAUGGUUGGAUUGGCAGCCGACUGGCUGACAUCAACAGCAAACACUAACAUGUUCACCUACGAAAUUGCUCCAGUAUUUGUGCUUUUGGAAUAUGUCACGCUAAAGAAAAUGAGAGAAAUCGUUGGCUGGCCAGGGGGCUCCGGCGACGGGAUAUUUUCUCCUGGUGGCGCCAUUUCGAACAUGUACGCCAUGAUGAUCGCGCGCUUUAAGAUGUUCCCGGAAGUCAAGGAGAAAGGAAUGGCUGCUGUCCCCAGGCUCAUUGCCUUCACAUCUGAGCACAGUCAUUUUUCUCUCAAGAAGGGAGCCGCAGCCCUGGGGAUUGGGACAGACAGCGUGAUCCUGAUUAAAUGUGAUGAGAGAGGCAAAAUGAUCCCAUCUGAUCUUGAAAGAAGGAUCCUUGAAGCCAAACAGAAGGGAUUUGUUCCCUUCCUCGUGAGCGCCACCGCUGGAACCACUGUGUAUGGCGCGUUCGAUCCGCUCUUGGCUAUCGCUGACAUUUGCAAAAAGUACAAGAUCUGGAUGCAUGUGGAUGCGGCUUGGGGUGGGGGAUUACUGAUGUCCCGAAAACACAAGUGGAAACUGAGUGGUGUGGAGAGGGCCAACUCUGUGACGUGGAAUCCGCACAAGAUGAUGGGGGUCCCCCUGCAGUGCUCCGCUCUCCUGGUUAGGGAAGAGGGAUUGAUGCAGAAUUGCAACCAAAUGCAUGCCUCCUACCUCUUUCAGCAAGACAAACAUUAUGAUCUGUCCUACGACACUGGAGACAAGGCCUUACAGUGUGGACGCCACGUUGAUGUCUUUAAAUUAUGGCUGAUGUGGAGGGCAAAGGGGACCACUGGGUUUGAAGUGCACGUUGAUAAGUGUUUGGAGCUGGCAGAGUAUUUAUACAACAUCAUAAAAAACCGAGAAGGAUACGAGAUGGUGUUUGAUGGGAAGCCCCAGCACACAAACGUCUGCUUCUGGUACGUACCUCCCAGUUUGCGCACCCUGGAAGACAAUGAAGAGAGAAUGAGUCGCCUCUCAAAGGUGGCGCCAGUGAUUAAAGCCAGAAUGAUGGAGUAUGGAACCACCAUGGUCAGCUACCAACCCUUGGGAGACAAGGUCAAUUUCUUCCGCAUGGUUAUCUCGAACCCUGCAGCCACUCACCAAGACAUUGACUUCCUGAUCGAAGAAAUAGAACGCCUCGGACAAGAUUUAUAAUUACCUAACUCACCAAGCUCUGUUUCACUUCUCUAGGUAGACAAUUAAGUUGUCACAAACUGUGUGAAUGUAUUUGUAGUUUGUUCCAAAGUAAAUCUAUUUCUAUAUUGUGAUGUCAGAGUAGAGUAGAGUUUAAAAAUCAAAAAAACAUUGCUCCUUUUAAAAAUCCUUUCUUAAGUUUAGAAUACCUCUCAAUUAGUGACAGAAGGCUGUGUUCUAAUUAAUAAGGAAACGCUUAAAGUUGUUAUAAAUACUUCCCUUACUUUUAAUAUAGUGUGCAAAUCAAACUUUAUUUUCACUUCAGAGUAGUAGGAUUGAAUAGUGCCAAAUUGCCCCUGAAUCAUAAAAGGUUCUUUGGGGUGCAGUGAAAAGGAUAUAGUAAAUAUAAAAUGUAUGUUGACAAUAAAAACUCUUGCCUUUUUCAUAGUAUUAGAAAAAAAAAUUUCUAAUUUACCUAUAGCGACAUUUCAAAUGUAUUUAAAUACAUAUAAUUUUACAAAAGGAAAAUAUAUAUAUUAAAAAAGAAAUCCUAUUUUGUAACAUAUUAUAGAUUUUUAUUUUAUAUGGGUUAUACAAACUGCAGGGGCAGAUAUAAAAACUAAGCCAGAUUUUUUUUUCUUUCUUUUAAUGGAGGCACAAUAAAACACAGCAAAGUUAUUUUGAAACAUAGGCCCACGAAGAUUCUUAAAAGGUAGGAUUCCUUCUUUCUAUACACGUUAUAGCUUAUUACAUCUCCAAAGUUAGUAUCUCAAAACAAAUGCAAAAUAAUACUGCAAGUUCUUUAAAAUGAUUGAUUAGAUUGGCAAAAGCAUUCCCUUCCUGUUUAAGUUUUCCACCCACUUGACCCUUGGCAGACAGUGUCUGCCAGGCGUGACAAACCAACCAAGCUUCAUCUUAGAUUUAAUGACAGCAGUUGUCUCUGCUGGGCUUUCCAAUUCCGCCUGUUUGGACAGGAAGUUGAUGCUGGUUCUUGAGGCGUCUGCCCAAACAGUAUUCUUUUAUUAGGUCAUUGGAUUAACUAGAAAAAAAAAUAAAAAUUAAAUCUAAUCAUCUUGAGCAAAGAGGAAAGAAGCCUGCUCUCAGAAUGUGGUGAGCCCAGAAAAUUAAACUCGGCCUUGGGAGGUCUCUGUGUGACAAUAAUGACAUCAUCCUGGGUGCCACAUUGGCAGGGUCCAGGAAGGAGUGAUUUGCCUCCAAGGUAGUUGCUUAUUCCUAUUCCCUCUCCGUUUCUACCCACAGAAGUCUCUCCUGCUAGACUCCCUAUCACUGGAUCCCAAAUAAUUUAUAUUCUAUAGGUGGUGGUUUCCCUUUAAUGAAACGAGCUCCUCACCCUAGAUUUUGAGACAUCAUUUUAAGACCUUCUCUUAUCUGUCUUCUAUCAAGAUCCAAAGUGACUAGUAUACGCAGGGUAAUAAGAUCCUGAGAAUCCCAAAUAAUAUUUUUUACAACAUCCUUCUUCCUCUGCAAACCUGAUGGAGAGACAUGAGCCAACAAAAGCUUCCAUAGAUAUUCAUGGGGCCACAGAUUGUCAGAUUCUAAGUGCUGUAGGAGAACUAAAGACUUUUAUUUGGAGACUGCAAAUACUAAUUUAGGAACAUUCACCCUUUGGUAUGGACCAGGUAGGUAGUUCAUUGGGCAGAAAGACCAUACAGGUGUACAAGCGAAGAGAGAGGGCGCUGUCCCACAACAGAUAGAAACGUCCUGUGUAUAACCACAGGGGCCAACCAUCUGAAGUCCUCACAGGCUUGCCCCUACAUUAUUUCUCCCAGGUUAUUUACAAAAACACUGAUGCUUGACGUGAACAUGGCUUUGGGCCCUUUCUGUCUAGAAAGCAAAUGGAUUCUAUUCCAGGAUGCUUGUCCCUUGGGGUAUAGGUCCUAGAUCAUAAACUGCUGCUUUUCAUAUUAAUGAGAUGACAGAAUUUAAAAGGACAAUUUGUGCCUGUGCAUGAAAUUCCAGAAAAACAAUUUUAGCCAAUAGCCAUUUAUUUUAACCACGCACUCCCCUGCCACUUGCAGGUCCUUUCUGAAACUUGCCAAGAGCCAUGCUCAGACCUGUGCAGGGAAGUCCCUACCAACCGUAGCCCAGGGAUGGGACAAACAGAAGCCUAGUGAGUCCCAGUAGUUUAAUAAAAACUCUUUAAAGUAGGUGUGUAAUCUGCUCAGGGAGAGGAAGGGAUGAAAGGAAGAAGGAAGGAAGAAAGGAAGGGAGGAAGAUUGCUUUAAAUAUUAGUCCAAAUUCCCAGUGCCAAAGGUCUUUAUGUGGGACCAUCCUUUAUAAAUUUUAGAAAAGUUUGGUUUUAGCUUUAAUCUGAAUCGACAUGGCCAUUUUCAUUUAUACAGCAAUAUUGUGUUUAUUAUUUAAGAUACUUGAAAAAAGGUGUGGUAUGUCUUUAUCUGAGACCUAAACACGGUAUGGACUUCAUGUACUGUCACAGGGUGUGAGGAAGGAAAAGGAAAUCAAUUGUGUGUGACUGUGUUGCCUUUAUUAUAUUGAUAGUACUGUCUUGUCACCUCAAAUUGGGGUUGUGCACUUUAGAGCUGAACUGUGCAGUGUUGCAAAUCAACAUGUGUUUCUGUGAAAGCUUGUACAAUAUAUUAUUGGUCUUUUCCCGUGUGGUAGCUGUAUUGAUCUUUGAUAUUAUGAAAACUACAUUUGCAUCUGUUACUGUUCUCUCUCUCUCUCUCUUUUCUAAACUGUGAGCCCUCCAUAUCAGCUCUAAUAGAGAACAUGCCCCCAGCUGAGCCCCAUACUGAGAAACCUCCUUUGAGAAUUGUGUGAUUUCACAAAAUGCAAGGUGAACACUACUUUGUCUCUAGGAAUAGAAGAAACCAAUUAUGGAGUGUCACAAACUGCCAAAAUCGCAGGUGCCGACUCUGCUGAGCAUUGGAGUAGGUGCUACUCCUCAAAAGAUGGACCAGAAAGCACAGGUGUAAAUAUAGUAGCAAGACAAGGAAUCAAGGAACCUCAAACUGGGUAUCAUCUUGCACGUGCUCUUCUGUUUUUAAGUGCUAAAUGCAAACACUGUGUAUUUAUUAGUUACGUGUGCCAAAAUACUGUUCCCAAUUGGUGUUUCUGAAUGACAUUGACAUUUCCCCAACAUUACUCCAUUACUAAUGACAGAAAAAAAUAAAAACAUAAACUAUACAAACAUGUGGCAACCUGUUCUUCUUACCAAAUAUAAACUUGUGUAUGAUCAAAGUAUUUUAUCUGUGUCGUCUCUCUAAACCCAAAUAAAUGUGUAAAUGUGGACACA